GAAAUUUCGCUUCUAAAACCCAAUGGAAUCUCUGCUUUUCUUUAGAGUCAUCAUCUCAAAAAUCUUCCAACAUGAGUUGAAAGCGUGUACAUUUACUCUUCCUAGAUUUUUCUCCACGCCCACAUAGAAAGAGGUUGUGUCCUUAAAUCCUAGCCAACACCCAAAAACAGUUACAAAACAAAAAAAAAACCCAGAAUCCUUGUUUUGGAAAAAAAAAAAAAAUGGCUGGGGUUGGUUUAUUGGUCUCAGAUUUGAUAAUCUCUUUCAUGUGGGUUUGGUCAGGGACUUUGAACAGUAUUUUUGUGUACAAUAUUUUGGGGUUUGGCAGACAUGAACCUAGUGGUGAGGUUAUCAAGUGCAUGCUCUCUAUUCUUGUUUUGUUCUUCUUUGCUUUCUUGGGCAAGAUAACCAAAGGUGGAGCCUACAAUCCUCUCACUGUGUUGGCUGAUGCAAUUUCUGGUGAUUUCAGGCAUUUCAUCUUUAAUGUUGGUGCUAGAAUCCCGGCGCAGGUUAUUGGAUCUAUUAUUGGGGUUAGGCUCAUUAUUGACACCUUUCCUGAAGUUGGACUUGGGCCGCGUUUAAGUGUUGACAUCCAUCGAGGUGCACUAACAGAAGGAUUCCUGACAUUUACAAUUGUUAUUAUUUCACUUGGUCUGGCCCAAAAAAUCCCGGGAAAUUUCUUCAUGAAGACUUGGAUCUCAAGUGUCUCCAAGCUAACUCUUCAUAUACUUGGCUCUGAUCUAACUGGUGGUUGUAUGAACCCAGCCUCUGUGAUGGGAUGGGCUUUUGCUCGUGGGGAUCAUAUAACCAAGGAGCAUAUACUUGUAUACUGGCUUGCCCCAAUCGAGGCAACUCUACUGGCUGUAUGGAUCUUUAGGUUGGUAGUUCGGUCGCCUAAAGAGGAUAAAGCAGAUAUGAAGAGCAAAUCAGAAUAAUGGAGUUCCACUUUGUAUUCAAACUUGGAUUAGAUGAUUCAAUCUGUUGACAUUUGAGUAGGAUGUGUAAACCUGAAGACUAUCAGACUUGAAGGAAUACACAGUACAUUCUUAUCGGUUCCUUCAGGUGAUCAAUUUGUAAAUGUUAUCCAUUGUGUUCAGUAGAAUCACCCAUCCGUUCGCAAUUUACAAA